AUGUUGGGUCAUAAUCCCAACACGGUCUAUCAAAUCACUAAUUAUUACAAUGAUAAGGUGCAGGUUCGUAAGAACCAUGUGCACAAAUCCGUCUAUCGGAUCGCCAAAGUCGUGCAGGACGUGUUGAAGGACGUCGAGAGCCAAGAACCACGAUUCAUUUCGACUUUAGUUGAAAGCAAUGGACGAUAUGACGGGCUGAUCGUUCAUUCUCCCCAUGAAUAUGAAGCUAUUCUCUAUUUGAAUCAAAUGGGUGUGUUCAAUUUCGUCGACGACGGUUCCAUCCAAGGAUGUGCAGUGCUCAAACUGAGCGAUGGACGGAAACGAUCAAUGUCGCUGUGGGUCGAGUUUAUCACAGCCAGCGGCUACCUGUCGGCUAGGAAAAUUCGCAGCAGAUUUCAGACACUUGUUGGACAAGUAGUUGAGAAACCUCCUUUUCGUGAUUACUGUAAACUUCUUACUGACACCAGCGACGUUCGUUUACGAGUUGACGACAAAUAUGUCGUUCAAAUCACGUGCGCCUUCAGAUGUAACGGAAUUUGGCCACGUUCUGCCAGCCAUUGGCCGAACAACGCCAUUCCAUGGCCUAAUCCAGCCAUUGCUGCCGAGGUGAAAAACGAGGGCUUUGAUCUGACAAGUCGUGAAACGGGUGCAGUCUCGGCUCAGCAAAACAAGCAGGCUAGCUCAAUGGAAGGAGACGCCUGGGCAAUGAAUCUCACUGGAGCAGAAAACGUACUUCUAGCCGGUAAUCGACGGAAAACGCUUAGCAUUUUAAAGUGCCUACGCGACACACAUCUCGACUUCCCCGGCACCCCUAUUACUAACUAUAUUCUGAAGACUCUAAUGCUAUACGAGUGCGAGAAGCACUGUAACGAUUACGAAUGGGAGGAUAACUGUAUUGGAGACAGAAUAAUCGGUGAGUCUAUCGAAUUAAGUGCUACCAGCUAUCGGCCAUAA